ACCAUAUUACAUUGCUGAUAGGAUUCAUACAAAGUGGAACAGCUUCAUUUCGCUCCGUCGGACAAAAGUAAUUUUUUUCGCGCAUUUAUGAAGUUGUAUUUUUUUAUUAUUCCUUUAUCUAAUAACUUUAAAAGAGAGUAAAAAGCCAUUAAAGCACUGUGGUUUAGUGAUUGAAAGUUCCUUUUUAAAAGAAAAUUCCUUUGUUUGCGAGUUUGUGCUUUUCAGACAUUUCUGAAAAUUUACAAAAAAAAAAGAAAAAGAAAUUGUCGAAAAAAAAAAUCAAAGAGUGUUCGUUGCGUUCGAAAUAUAAUAUUAGACCUACAGAUUAAUGGGACUGAAUGACUAUCCCCAUAUCACAUUUUCUGGUGACUACUUUGUCAGACAACAGAAUCCAGUCACCACGAGGAACUUGAUAAGUUUUGGUAUUGUGCUCGCUCUAUUAAAUGGUGAACGCGUGUGGGCUCAAGUGAGAGGUAGUGACGACUACCUCUCAUCGGAAUCAACGGGUGACGGCAGCAAAAGUAGCAGCGAUGUGAAUAGAACAGUCAACGGGGGCGGGGGGACGGGUGGGGAAAUAAUACCAAUGCAAAGGAUGGGAUCGGCACAUGAGCCCACCUGUGAAGAACUGAGGGCUAUGUGGCGCUUCUCGAAGCGCCAAUCCCGUGCAGCCGAGAUCACCAAUGAGAUCCCAACGUAUCGUGAUCCUUUUGCAUUUAACGUCUGGGAACCACUAAUGUUCCCAAAGACACGCAGUGUGGGCGGAAUGAGGGUAUCACGGUAUCGGGAUGCAACAAGACCCGUUUAUGGACGCGUUGUGCAUAAAGAGCCUAUAGCACGGUAUCGCGACAUGGCAGCUAGGAAUCGUCUAUUCGACAACAUAGCUAAGCACUAUGGGGCAGAGAGUCGAGUAAAUACUGGAGCAGUUGCAAGGAAGAUUGCCAACACCCAACGUCGACCUUUGAUUGUUUUUCGAAAAAUGGACGGUGGAGAUGAGGAAAUGGGCAAAAAUCUUGAGGGCAUUCCCAAAGACAGCAGCGGUACCAUUCAGAAUGCCUUGACACCGCAAAGAGGGAGUUUUCAGCGGCUCAAGGAGCUCGUAUGGACGCAGAGGGCACGUGAAUUGGCACAACAGCGACGUGCCGAGGAGCUAGCAGCCCGAGCUGCAGUCCUCAAAGAAAUCGCCAAUGGCCAAAGUCAUUCGAUCACGAGCACAUAUCAAAAGUCCAGUAUGGCCAAUCUAGAUGAUGACAAUAAUCAAAGACUAGACUACGAUCAGGGGAUACCCAUUGUGAGGCAAACUCAGGACGGUCCUCUUGCGGCGUCUGCCUAUCUAAUGGGUGCCCAGCCACGAUCACACUUUCGGGAACGCAAUCGUGCCAUCAUGCGCCAAGUGAGUAAUUCCUAUCGCUAGACUAUAAAAUCAAUUUAAGAGCAUUUUUUCUUGGAGAGAUUGUGUGGCUGAAGUGUGUUGUCCCAAAAAAAGAUUCUUUUUUGGGGCAUACACCCCCCGAAAGUAUAUAAUGUAACUUAUUCAGAACACAAUCUGUAAGUGAAAUUUUAAGUAUAUAUGAGUCAACAACCUGAAAGCUUUCAAAAAAAAACAAAACUAACUGAGAAGAAUAAAUAUACUCGAUCCGACGUACAUAAUCAGGAGGCUUUAAGAAUCAAAUAUAUCUCUGUAUAUCAAAUAUAUACAUAUUCAAUCCUUUAAGCAUGACUACGGGAGUUUUCAUGGUUUUUCGAGAUAAUAAGUCUUUAUACCAAUACCUUUUUUUUUUUGCUUCUACAUAACUUCUUUUUGAAUAAAUAAAAAAAAAACAUUCUUAUUAGAAUACGACGGAAAAAAUUUUUAAUUAAAAAAAGAAAAGAAAUCCCACCAACUUGUGGGAUUCUUUCACAUAAAAAAAGAAAUUAUGAUGAUGUGCCGACAGUUACACUGUAAAGUACACUUGCCUUCUUAAAGACAUACAUACAUUACCUAUACGUAUAUAUUUGUUGAAACAGAAAAAAACAUAUCCUAUCCAAUAUCAAGAGAAAAAAAUCCACAGAGUAUUAAUAUCGUAUGAAAAAAUAAAUCUUUUAAUUAUUUUUCUAUUGACAAAUAACUUUUGGAAUAUUAAUCUUUAUGCAAGUAGUCAGCCCCAUUUUAUCAAAAUUAAGGACUAUCUUUAUGCGUGUGCGGCUGUUUAACAUCAAAAUUAAGAUCGCUCGAACUAUCAAUUAUAGUGCUAAAUUGCCAAUUUGAGGCUUCGUUCUCAGGGACGAUCUUAUUUGCACACCGUAAGUUUACAUUUAGAUCGGUAGUGCCUAACCUUAUCAAACAUCUAGGCAAUUUUUCAUUAUUUUUUAUGCCAAAAAAGCUUUAAAACUUACUCGUAUUUCAUCCUUGCCCAAUUUUUACGCUGAAUUUUAUUACCUACCCUAGUAGUUCUCAUGCCAAUUCGUCUAUCUAGACGUUGUAGGCAUCAGUACACUUUUUCACCUUAACCAUUAAUCAAACACACUUACUCCUUUCUUAAGAAGGAUUUUUUCUGUGUAGUACACCUACAUGAACUUUAAAUUGGAGUGUAUGGCAUAAAGGUUAAUCUUUAUUCAAAUACGGCAGCUAUUUUAUCGUACAAAAGAGUAACCUGAUUGAAGACACCAAAGCUAGACUGAUAUAACUUCUUUUAUCAUUACUAUUCUAUAUACUUACAAAUUGCAUUUAAUAUACAAAAUGUAAAGAAAUAUUUUUAUGUCCUUUCUUCCUUUAAACUCCACCAAAAUAUUCAAAGUGGCUCGAUUUUUGUGGAAUCAAUCAAAAUGAAUAGCGUCCUUAAAGAUUUUUUUCUUUAAGAAACUUUCCUUUUAUUUUUACAAAAACUAAAAAUAAAUUAUACCAGGGCCACUUAAAAAAAACUUUUCAAAUCUUUGAAUCGAUCUUUAAACUACAAUUUCUAAAAAUCGUAAACUCUAACUAUGUUUUAUCUUACCUAUUUAGGUAUAUAACAUAGUUCCGUUUAACGAUUUAGUACACUUCAUACAAGAGAUUUUACUUUUUUUUAUAAAAAAUCAUUUUCUUUGUUUUAUUAAGAAAAAAUAAUUUUAUAAGAAGAAAAUCAUAGAAUAACUGAUUUUUUGGAAAAUUCUAAAAGAAAAUUCUCGUGGGUUUAAUAAUUUUUUACUUCAAACACAAACAUUUUUUCAAUAUUUAUCAAAAGAAAUUGAAAAAAUAUCUCUAAAAACAUUCCGUAUAUCAUGAAGAGAAUAUCAAAUUUUUAAAUAAUAUAUGUAAUGUAAAACAUAUAUAUUUGAACACCAUGAAAACCCCCAAUUUGUAAACUUAGUAACUAAAGUGUAACUAUCCUAAAGAAUUUUACUCUUUUUGACAAUAUAUGUAUGCAUGUUGUGUGAUGCAGGGUAAACUGCUUAAUGAGCCAAAAAAAUGAAAAAAAAAAAACGAUAUAGUACCUAAGUGUAAACUAUGACAAUAAUCUACAAAAAAAAUGAAAUGUUAAAGUACCCGUCAAUUGUUUAGAAUGAAAAAAUGGUAACUUAGACGAUUAAAGCCUAAUCAAGAGAACAAAAACCAAAAAAAAAUUGUAGUAAUUAUAUGUAGGAAGAGACAAUAAUUUUUCCUUGUAAACUAAUGAGAAAAAAAUAUACUGAAAAAAAUUGAAAAAAAUAAAUUAAACUUCUUAAAUCAAUUAA